CGAGGGAGGAGGAGGAUGGAGGAGGAGAUGCGGGCGGCGGAGGAGGGGCCCAGCGCCCCCAAAAUCUACAAGCAGCGGGGUCCCUACAGCGUCCUCAAGACCUUCCCCGGGAAGCGGGCGGCGCUGGGCAGGCGCUACGAGCGCCCCGCCGUGCCGGAGGCGCCCCGCGGGCGGGCGGCGGGGCAGCCCUUCCCGCACGCCGCCGAGCCGCUGCCCUACGCGCUGCGCGCCGCGCCCUUCCCCGGCGCCGCCGCGCGCCCCGCCGCCCACGGGCACCCCCGCGCGCCCGCCCCGAGCUCCGCGGGCCGCUACGGACCCUGCCCGGCGGGGGGCGGCGGCGCCGAGCUCAGCGCAGAGAGUCGGAUGAUUCUGGAUGCCUUUGCCCAACAAUGCAGCCGGGUUCUAAGUCUCUUAAAUUGUGGUGGAAAACUACUAGACAACAACCACUCUCAGUCCAUGAUUUCUUGUAUAAAGCAGGAAAACCCAAAUUAUAGUGAAAGACAAGAGCAAUGUCAGCUUGGGAAAAUGGUCCAUAGUCAGACAUCAGACAUUUUAGACAUAGAGAUGCAGUAUAUGCAAAAGAAACAACAAACCUCAGCCUUUCUGAGAGUUUUUACCGAUUCUCUUCAGAACUAUUUGCUUUCUGGGAGCUUCCCUUCUCAGAACACCUCAUCAGUAAAUGAUUUCAGCCAUUUGGCAGAUGUGGAUCCACUUUCAACCUCUCCAGUACACACUUUAGGUGGAUGGACAUCUCCAGCAACAUCUGAAUCUCAUGGUCACCCAUCAUCUUCUACACUUCCAGAGGAGGAAGAGGAGGAAGAGGAAGAAGGUUACUGCCCUCGAUGUCAGGAGCUGGAGCAGGAGGUAAUUUCAUUGCAACAAGAAAAUGAAGAACUUCGUAGAAAAUUGGAGAGCAUCCCAGUGCCCUGCCAGACUGUUUUAGAUUAUUUGAAGACCGUACUUCAGCAUCACAACCAGCUUAUGGUACCACAGCCAACAGACCAUCCGACUGAGGGGAGCAAGCAGUUGCUGAACAACUACCCUGUCUACAUCACUAGUAAACAGUGGGAUGAGGCUGUAAAUUCUUCCAAGAAAGAUGGACGACGGCUCCUUCGCUAUCUCAUCAGAUUUGUUUUCACAACCGAUGAGCUUAAGUACUCAUGCGGCCUUGGAAAAAGGAAAAGGUCAGUGCAGUCAGGAGAGACAGGUCCUGAAAGACGUCCUCUGGAUCCAGUAAAAGUAACAUGUCUCAGAGAGUUCAUUAGGAUGCAUUGUACUUCCAACCCGGACUGGUGGAUGCCAUCCGAAGAGCAAAUAAACAAGGUAUUCAGUGAUGCAGUAGGACAUGCUCGUCAAGGGCGUGCAGUGGGGACUUUCCUUCACAAUGGGAACUCAUAUUACGAAGGAACUGACCAUCCAGGAUCACAGGACGAAGUCUUCAAUAGAGGGUGUUUCCAUCUCCAGUUGCUCAGGCCAGUGCUGGCAUCCUUCACAGCCUGAACCAGCUCUUCUUGAGGCAACAUUUACUGGCAGGUACAGGGUACCCGUUUUCGGAAAGAAAGUUCACUCUGCUUUUGACCAUCCUCAGUGCUACCUCAUCAGUGUGGACUCUCCUGAAUACGUAUCUCAUACUCCCCAGCUUUCCUAACCACCUUCUGCAAGCCACGAGAGAAGCUACUAAUUACUCCUUUUACCCUUCUCCUCUCCUUCUUGGCCUCCCUGUGCACUGGGCAGUGCAGGAGACAUCCAGCCCCUUUCUCAAAGAUCAGAGAUGGCCCUUUGGGAUGAAGGGCUCCUCUAGCUCCAGCUUGACCGUGGAUGGAGGACUGAGGUAGUCUCUCAAAGGUCAGCUUGCCCACAUGAUAGUUUCUUCCCACCAUCUGCCUCCUCUUUGCCUGUGGUUGUGUCCGGUCUCUCACAGCACCAUGCACUGCUGUAGACAGGGCUUCACACAGCCAGGAUAUGCUUUAGGCCCUUAAGUGUCCAAUACCUCUUGAUUAAUUUUAUUUUUGGUGAUUUUUUUAAGACAGGGUUAAAAGGCGCUCGCUUGCCCCAGAAUAACUCAUUUAAAACAAAUGAGCAGGUUAUUCACACUGGACCUCACCAGGCCAAGAAGUUUGGGACCGCAUCCCUCACUAAAGGCAGGAGUUGGCUUGUGUGAAGGGUCAACAGUGCAUGGCGUUCUCUGGAGGAGAAACUCGGUGUAUAAAUAUCUCCGUACAGAUAAUCCUCUAGUAGCUUUUCAGUGUUGAACUUACACUUUUUUUAAAAGAACUAUAAUAGAAGUUGUUACAUUGCUCAGAUGGUGUAAGUCUUGCUGGUCUAUGUUUAAUGUGGCGGCACUUGCCAGAAUUACUUGGUAAAACAUGUCAGAAUGUGUGAGUCAACAUUAUACUGUAAAUUUGUCCACGGCAAUAUGUAUCAUGCUGUAUUUUUGUAAACAUUGUGAUGGUUUGCUUUCAAAUGUUUAAUCAUAUGAGGUUAAAAAUACCAACAUUUCAUUUUUAACAGUCACAGAACAGAAUUACUGGACUGGACAGACCUCUCUCACUUAAUAACCUAAAGAUUUGCUGAAGUAACUAGUAAGCUUAGCUUUGUUUUUAGUGUAAAAAGUGUAGCCAGCAUACUGGAACCACUCACAACCCUCUGCUCUCAUACUGUGCAAAAUAACCAAAAGUAUAGUUUUCAUCCUGAAAGCCACUUCAGGAGUAGAAGUGGCUUUGCAGGGUUGGACCUUUCUUUAUAAAUAAAAUUCUGCCAUCAGAUGCUUGUGUGCCCUGGCCACACAAAUCAUAGUCACAGACAGGCAUUAGCAUACACCAGCUCAUUGGUUUUGUUCAUGUUCGGUUUUAAAAUAACAAAGUACAACAACUUUUCUCAGUUGUCUUUGUUUCUGAUGCCAUCAUGGCCACUUGAUUUGUUUCACCCAUUUUGUUUAAAAAAAAAAAAAUCAACAAAAACCAAACCUUUCACAACCACUUAUUCCUAUUAACUUGUUCAUGAAGCAUUAUAAAACUAUCCACAUGGAAGUGUCUAUAUAUCCUCAAGACGUUCGGUAUAAGGAUAUGGUACCUGAAAUAGCAGAUAGCACGUAAGCCCUUGCAAAGCGAGAUAGCCGUGUUUAAGCAGUGAGCUCUGUAUGUCAGCGCAUCCCCUCCCAGCACUGGAUGUAGACAGCGGGCUUGUGGCAGAAGAAAACUGCUAUCUAUCAUGUCACUCCAGAAAGUCCCAGGAGGAUAGAGAUUCUUGUCUUAUCCUUCCAUACUCUUUAAUCUUACUGUCAUUUAUGUAUCUGCCUUCUCCCAAACUUUGUGUAGCAGUACCGCACACCCAUCUGUGCCAACAUGCCUUCGCUAUAUUUUUUAUGACAAAUAUUUGUGGAGAAACUGUGAUUAAAAAACCAUUAAUCCUGAUAUUUUUAUUGUUAUGGUGCAGUUAAUUCUAUGAAUACUUUCUAAUGAUGAUUGUACUGUGUAGAGUAAGUACAGGUUAGGGAUAGACCUUUACCAGAUAUUGUACAAAAAAAAAGUGCAUAGUAUAAUAUAGACUAGUAAGGUUUUUGUGACAAUUUCUAUAGGAUAUGUGAAUUGUUUUCUAUGUGGCAACACACAUUUCUUUUAAAGAAUAUAAAAUCUUAGAGAGUUUUUUAAACAGUCAAUAUUUUUUAAUUAUAAAGACAUUUGUUACCUACAGUUUACUAUUUCAGGUGUUAAUUCUAAUUUGAAUAUUGGUUUUAUUACUACAUACCUCCAGUUCCAUUUGUUCUGUUGCAUAAAAAUGCACAAUAAAAGCUAGCCUCUGGUUAACCCGUCUCUCUCUUUCUCUGUAGGCAGUGCUGUGUUAGUGUUGACAGCAAAAAUGUCUCACCACAAAUAUUUAUAUAUAUUUAUAUAUAUUAAAACGGUUUUAGACUUGGAUUUAUAUAAAAGGAUAGAGGGUUGUCUUUUGCUUUAGGUGCUUGUUUGAUACAAAGCACCAGCAAGUGCAGUGAAAUAUUCUGAUGAAUUCAAGUAUGAAUAUAAUGUAAAUCAUUUUCACCUCAAAAUAUAACCACAUAUUUAUGCAGUGGUUAGAAAGACCACUCAGAGAAAGUACUCAUCUGCAAUCCUAAGACCUAGAUUUUCAAGCAGUGAAGUUUAUAUCCUAUUUUAAUGCAAAAUUCUGUGAUGGCUGAAUGUCACCUGUUCUCUUAAACACUUUAGAAAAUUCUCAGCUCCAAAUGUAGAGGAAGUAUAGUGACAAACAUUCACCACAGCAAACUCCUUCUGCAGAGCUGUGAAGCAGGACUGGUCUGACCAUGGGUGGGUGCCAUCCAUUAGAAACAGUUGCCCAGUAUUUCUCUUAUAAAACAACAUUUUUUUGGGUGCCUAUGAUAUUGCAAAACUUUAACUGCUUGGACUGAUGUUCUCUAAGUCAGGGGCUUAAACCUACUGUAUUUUUUGUGAAAACACUUAUUAGUGAAACCCCCUUAUUAGUGAAACCCUCACCCAGACAAUUUUGGGUGAUUCUGAGAAACAUAGGUUAAAAACCCCUGUUAAUCACUCUGAGAAAAAUGUAUAAAGAACUCUUUGGAAAGCUCUGACUUCCCAGCCUUUUGAGCAAUGUCAGAGAGUAGAUCCAGAGGCAGGAGUGAAUGGGAACGGGUUAUGGGGGAAUGGGUUAUGGGGAAACUGAUGGGGUGGGAGAGUAACAGGGAAAGGUGGCAGGGAAGGAGAGCGUGUAGGUAAGGAACUAGAAGCAGCAAUUGGGAUUUUUGGAGCUUGGAAAGAUCCUCAGAGAGAUUAAGUCUAACAGAAGAGUCUAUAAGAAGCUGAAAAGCAUGAGAGAGAGCAUCUGAGGCUGGACAAGCAGAAAGAAGGGAUAGGGAAGAUGUCCCUGGGCUGGAGAGAACCAGGCCUGGGAAAUAACUGAAGAGGAGCAGGCAGCACAGAUGGGAACUGCAAUUUGGUAAUGUCAUAUUUUAGCACUCUUCCACUAAAGAGCUGUUAAGCAUCUUGGCAGGACAAUAGCUAAACCAUGCUUCUGCUCUGCCACAGUGCUGGUCCAUUCACAGAAGCAUAGCCCAGCGCUGCUGGCAUGUGCGCCUUUGCUCCAGUGCCAAAAUGUCCUUUUAAGAGGAACUUUAUGAUCCGAAUCAACCACUGAAUCUCAUACUUAUGAAGGAAUUUAGGUUUUAACUAAUUUGCAUAAAACAAGCUCAUGUUAAAGCUCACACUAUAAAAAUCUUUUUAAUCUUAUUUUAAUAAGAUUACUCAAGUUGCAAAAUCUAGCCCUGAGGAGUUCAGCUUGGCAGGAAUUGCUGUUUCCUCUGCCACCUUCCCUCUCCUGAGGCACCUCUGUGACCAAAGCCAGUGGAAGGAGGAGUGUCAGAAUAGGAAGCGUUUCCAUCAACCUGAAACGUCAGAGACCCAGAAAACACAGCAUGAGGUGGCAUGUUUCAACCUUCAGCUCACUGUGCCCAAGACUGGGAAACUGGGGUAGUUCUAUCUCUUCUUUCAUAGGGGUUUUGUGAAGAUUAGUGCUACUGAACUCAAGACUAUAGUGAUAAGCAAAACAGAAAAGCCACUGAAGAAGGCAACAAGACUAUUUGCAGAGGAGUUUGAGUGCAUACAGUACAUAAAACCAGGCCACAGAUCAAAUAAUGAGGAUAAAACAAAAAAAAUCAAAUGACUGCUGAUGAAAGAGCAUCAUCUUCCCACAGGUGGAGGGGGUGCUGGGCAACAGCAGCGUUAUAGAGAAGUAGAGACUCUCUGCUGGAGCCUGGAGUCCCUUGGAAUAUGGGGCAAAUGUCUGUGUAUGACCUUGUCCUAUGAAACAAUAAUCUUCCUCCAAACACUAUUCAACAUCUUAAGUGUGUAAAAGCAGAUUUGACUGCCAUUGUAUGGCAUUAAGGAAAGGAGGAAAAAAAACCAUACCAGCAGAAUUAUUACUCAAGUCAAGAGAAAAAAAUCUGAUGUGAAUUUACAUAACAACGUUGGGAUAAAUAUAUAAAAACCCUUUGUCCUUAAAAACACUUUAAACUAUCCCACUCAUCUGGCAGAUAUAAUUGCCACUAGCAAAGCAUUCUUUGUAGAAAAACAGAAAGAACGGGUUUGCUAAUGACUCUAAGUAGUUUCCCAUUAGAGAAGUUAAUAUUAAAUUUAGUUCUCGUUUCAGAAGAGGGUCAGUAGUGUGGCAGAAAAAGUCUAAUUAAAACCUUUCAAAAAUGCCUUUUUGCAAUGUGACUGAAAAACUGAGAAAUCUUCUUGCAAAAGGAUGUGAAACUGAAAAAGCUGACAACUAAACUGCUUAUUGAACUGACAGAGAGGGGGGGUUGUUUUUCAUUCUUUCUAAAGAAUAAUCCAAAACAAGACACAGAGCAGAGGGCAGUUCUCACAGACUCUUUUGACAAAAGGAAAGUGAAUGAAACACCCAAGUUACAUUUCCUGUCUGUAGCAUCAGGAAGACAGUUCCAGGACAAGACUAAUCUGCAAGAAAAACAUUUAACCUUGACACAUUCAUAAACCCAUCGAGCACCAACAAGGACAUCACUACACAUCUUCCCUGAUGACGUGUCUACUGAGCAGACAGAGCUCUUGGAAUAGAGACUUUGGAAUUUGUCUCCCCACCCAAAACUUCUUGUUUUGAAUCACCUGGUGACUGAAACUACAUGCUGAAGGUCAGGACUAAGGAAAUCAGUGCAAGGCUAUUGUAGCUUGAGCUAAAGCAGGACCAAUUUUCUAACUUUUAAUCUAAGCCUCAUCUAAGCAACUUCAUUUUCUGAAAGUUCACUACAUAUUUUUCAGAGAGUGUCUACCUCUAAAAGUGAUAACACUUAAAAUGUAUCAUUAUCACUAAAGUAAUGGGACAUUGGUAUGCAGAAAGGCCAUUGCUUGUACUUACUCCUAUGGAAAUCAAGGCCAUCCUCAAGUUGGUGGGAUGCCCUAAGUCAAAGGGACAAAAAAGGGUCACAUGUGCAGGGAGGACUGGACAGGACAGGUGACCCCAAAUUGAUGAGUAUUCCAUUCCAUACAUAUCAUACCCAGUAUAAAACUGAGGGAUGACGAGGGUCAGGCCCUCUUCUUCAAACACCGGCACGCAGUAAGAACUCCAUUUGUCUCUCUGCCCUCUGAUCCUGGAUCCGUGUGUUCCUGAAUCCAGUUCCUGCCCAGCUCCUGUCUGCUGAUGAGUCCAGUCCAACAAUUUUCCUUGUGCCUGCUUUGCAGCAUCAGUGGUGACGUACAGUCAUCAAGAGGUUCAAUUUUGUAUAUUUGUAUAUAUUUUGUUUUCUUAUUAUUUUCAUUAUUAUUGUUUCAUUAAAGUUGGUUUAGUUUCCAGCCCACAAGUUUCUCUCUCAUCUCCCUUUCCAGAAACCGGGGAGCAAUUUGGAACACAACUGCUCAUGUGUAGCUACUGCCCUGGCUGAGGCGGGGGGCUCAACCGUGCCAAAGGCAUUAAGGGGAAGAAGUAGAAUGGGACAAAGUUCACAUGCAUCACGCAGACCUCAGUAAAAGCAGCAGUCAUGUCCUUUGCUAAGUAUUUGUGGGUGGCAAAUUCCUUUGUCAACCCAAGAGUCUAAGACAGAAAGGCAAACAUUAAAGAUGAUUCCCUCUUUAAAAUGUAAACUUGAAAAGACUUUUCUCUCAAGUUUCUUCUUCUUUGCCCUGACACGUGAAAAGUUAGAUUUGGUACAAAACCUUCAAAAAUAAUAAAGUAGUUCUUAAAUAACUUAUUCAUUUAAGCAUUGCUUAAUAUGUAUUACUAAAGUGAACAUCUACAAGAUGUUCUCAGCAAAAGAAAGGACUUUAGUUUGUAAUAUGAUGUUUUACCUUAGAAUAGCCUUUCAGUAGUAUCCAGGGGCUCCAGGAUACCCUACCAUAACUCCUCUUAAGACGGAAGAAUUCUGCUACCUUUCCCCUUUUUGCAGGUGCUAAACAUACAUUUCAUGAGUUUCACGUAGAAAUGAAAAGUGAAAUUUCAGUUCACAGUUAAUGCAAAUACAGAACCAUCCAAAGGUUUUAUCCAUUCUCAUGUUUUAAGAGCUUUAUGUCAGAUUUCCCAGUCACCAUCUGACCAUCUUCAAAACUUGAUGGAAGGCGCACAUGAGCAACAUACCCUUCUCUUCAGAUUUAUUAAAGCAGGUAAGUAAGGUCAGGGUUAGACAACGUCUUCCUGAACAGUUACCCACUUCUCUCAUUCCCUUAAAUAGAAAGGACUUUCUGUCUUUAUGAACCAAGAUGAUAUGAGUAUUUAACUCUUCCCUUGUAUUAAAACCUAAGCUCUCAGUGGAAGCAACAGAUCAGAGCUGUUUCAGUAAGUUGGGGACAUCUGGUUCUAAGACAUAGCAUAGGUUUCUUCAGUGGGAGAAGACAGAACAAAUUCCCUCAUAUUUAUGCUCGGAGAGAAUUAAGAAAAGUGAACAGCGUAUCUAUAUAGGAGCUUCAUUCUAGCAGUAGAUAUAAGUCUUUGGGGUCAUAAGUAGACAGAUCCUGGAAAUUUUUCACAACCAUGUCUUGCAAGAGGAACAUUUCCUCAGUCAAAUUCAAACAAAACAACUUUACCAAAACAAACAUUUCACAGCUAUCGCCAUGGGACCAAAUCUUAAAGGCAGAGAUCUCAUUAACAUUAAAAACAAAAAAAACCAAGACAUUACCACAAACAUGGCUUUUCCUCUCUCAUUCCUAUUUUUCUCUUUCUCUCUUGCAUUUAAUAUACCAAUACCUGCUGCAGGAAAAUAAAGGCUGCAAAAAAUAAAUAAUUCUCCCAUGAGGAACUCAUCCUUAGGACAAGACCUGGGGUGCCUUUCCAAUGUCUCAGCCUCAGUCUAAGGCUAGAGCUGAAAGAAAACCAUGCAAGAGGCAGGUAUAUGAUAUUCAUUGUUCUGCUCUCUUCUGUUCUGCUGGGGAUAGCUGCUAUUGAUCCCUUCUCUAGGUGAAGUGGGGCUAGAAAAUGGGCUGUCAGAAGAAACUGAGAGCUGCCAAAAGAAUUCACCCAUUGAGGAAUUAAUCUCAACUCAGCCCUGCAUGUCUUGCCUAGGCAUAAGCUUUCACUAAGUAUUAGCACUGACAUACCUUUAAUUUAUCCUUAGCAUAUAAAGGUCAAAAUUUUGCAACUGUGACAAACAAAAGUGAGCAGAAAAUGUGAAAAAAAAAAAAAAUUGUAUCUCUGUCCAAGUCACUUGAAAACUGCGUCUUUUAUGUACAUGGGAGGUUGAGGAGGCUAUCAAAGCAACUCCUCUAUCAUAAAACUAUUCAAAUUUUUCUGUUGUGAAGAGCAGCUGUUCAUUCCCCUUCAGCUUGCACUGUAACACAUAGUUCAGGUAUCCUCUCAUAAUGUGUCUGUCUUAAUAUACUCAUAAAGUUAUCAGUUUCAUUGCUCAGUCUUCCCUACCUUCUUCCUCUAAUGUCAGACAGAGCAGCCAAAGAUAUAAGAGCAGCCACACUGCAAUUCAACCACAGGUCUGUUAAACCUCUCUACACUGCCGCUAAAAUCAUGAAAAUGUAGGGCAGAACACACAUUGGGUUUUCUCAAAGCUACAGCCUCAACGAAACUUCUCCCUUUCAUUAAUGUUCCAAAUUUGUCAAAAUUCAUUAGAAUAUUCUUCCACAGUAUUUAGAUUUUUAUUUUUGCCAAGAUACCAGUUCUUUUAAAAGAAACACAGUGAGGAGAUACAAAUCUACAACCAAAGUCACCUACAUACAAUUACAACAUAGAAACAUAGAAUGGUUUGGGUUAGAAGGGACCUUAAAGAUCACCCAGUUCCAAGCCCCUUCCAUGGGCAGGGACACCUCUCACUAGAUCAGGCUGCCCAAGGCCUUGAACACCUCCAGGGAUGGGGCAUCCACAACUUCCCUGCACAACCUGUUCCAGUGCCUCACCACCCUCACAGUGAAGAAAUACCUCCUUAUGUCUAGUCUAAAUCAUCCCCGCUUCAGCUUAAAGCCAUUCCCCCUCAUCCUAUCACUACAUGCCCCUUGUAAAGUGUCCCUCCCCACCUUUCUUGUAGCCCCUUCGGGUACUGGAAGGCUGCUCUAAGGUCUCUUCAGAACCUUCUGAAGAGGUUCUUCAGAACUUCAGGUUCUCUCAAGGCUGAACAACCCCAACUCUCUCAGUCUGUCCUCAUAUGUGAGGUGCUCCAGCCUUCUAAUCACCUUUGUAGCCUUCCCUCUGAACCCAUUCCAACAGUUCCAUAUCCUGAUGUUGGGUAUUCCAGAACUGGACAUCGUACUCCUGGUGGGAUCUCAAGAGCGUAACAGAGGGGCAGAAUCACCUCCCUUGACCUGCUGGCCACGUUUCUUUUGAUGCAGCCCAGGGUAUGGUUGGCCUUCUUGGCUGCAAGUGCACACUGGCGGCUCGUGUCAAGCUUCUCAUCAACCAGUGCCUCCAAGUUCAUCUCUGCAGGGCUGCUCUCAAUCACAUCAUCAAUAUGCAGAGAAACAAAUUCACAUACGAAUGUAUUUGUAUGCGUAUCAAUUCUUGCAAGAUAGAUUUUCUUUAUUACCACAGCUUGGUUUGGAAAAACAUUUUUUCCCCCUAAACUUAAUGCUUUGGGUAUCCAGAGCAGCCUGGAAGUAGUAAACAAAAAAAAACUGUUUAAUCAGUAUUUCUGGAGAAAAAAAUUCUCUGAAGUACUGAAUAUUCAUUUACACCAGGGGCCUGAAUAACAUUUGAGCCACCUCAUUUGUAGAAAAGAGGGCCUAAAAAAUUCUUUUAGAAACUACUAAGUCCCAAUUCAGCACCAGAACUGAAGGAGUCCAAAUAAAAAAAAAAGAUCACUAGAGAACUUGUGUAAGUCAAUACAAGUAAUCUUCCAGAGGCUAAGCUUGGUUGACCUCUCUGAAGGAAGAAAUUAUGUCCCUUUGUAAGGUUUUAAAAAAGUUUAAUUCAAAUAUUGAAAGGAAGGUUGGCUUUCCAUGGUAGUUCAAUGAAGUCCCCCAUAAAAUAUCAGGAAAGAUACAAACAGAAUUGUUUCUUGAUUCAUGAUCAUCUCCAAGCAGCCAUCCAGCUGACUGCAAGGUUCCACUUCAACCCACUACCAACCAUAUAACACAACCAUUUCAGAAUGGCCCUUCAACAAAUGCCACAAAUGGUAACUAAAGGAUUUUGAAGUAUUCUAGGUUAUAUUUCGCAAAGACAGAGUGCCGUCCCUCUUUCAAAGUGGCUGUGACCAUCCAUCUGGUUAUUCAUGCAGGCCAAAGGAUAGCCCGAUAUUUGGACUUGACCUCAAAGAGGAACGGCCCUGAAGUCAGUCACUUCCCUGCUCAGGCAGAUUUUGUGCCAUUUGGUUUAUUUAAAAUACAAACCCAAACCCAACAAUGACCAAACCUGCUGGUAAUGGUAUCACUACCCAAAAAUAAUGUGGCUGGACACGGAAGACAAGUUUGUGGCACACGGUCUUUUGCAAUCUGAACACCACACGUUACUGUCCAGUGUACCUGCAAGAAAAUCCCUAGAGGAAGUCAAUCUCUUAACUAUGAAACUUUCAGCAAUCAAAACAUAUGCUUCAUAUCUAGAAUCUUGCCUGAAAUAUGUUGCUUAGCCAACUUAUUUCUGAUAUUUGAUACCAUAUAGACAAAAACUCCUUUUUUUCAAGUUUCUUUAUUGCCCAGGCUUCUUGCGUUCUUGUGUUUUCUUUCCAACCAGACACAGAUUUUUUCUUUUUUUCCUAGCCCAAUUAGAAGUAGUAUUUAUCCCAUAACUGGAUAAAUCAUGAGUAUUAGUAAUAAAAAAUGGCACUUUAAUUAACCAGAUAGUAUGUUAAAUCCUUUCUAAGCUGACUAAUUUCAAGUGAAUGAUACAUAACAAUUUCUUAAGAGGUUUGGACUGCUUUGCUAGUACUGUCAAGCUAUAGUUAUUACAUUAAUCUAAUACAUAAACCCUCUUCAAGAAAUUCUCCAUACCCUUGACCAUACACAGACAUGCAACCCGUCUGUAUUAGUACCUUUCUUCACAUCAUCCUUGUAUCUUGAUCAUGACUUGUAGUCCAAACUGGAGACAGCUCCAGUGGGACCUCAAAGCCAGGCAGAAAGAGCUUAUUCCAUACUGGAAAGGAACUGCACUCUUCAGGGUGAGAGUAAAUAGGACAAAAUGCACAGUUGCCAGGGAAGUGUGGAGUAUUAAUAAAUAUGAUCUGGCUAUUCUAGGCAGGUUGUUCAUGUACCACAUGCUUGCUAUUUAACAGUGUGUGUACUGUCAACAUCACAAAGGCAAAUUGAAUAACUAGUACAAUAGAUGGAUAUAACUGUUUUGCAUCCAAAAAAUACUGUUAUAUGCAUUUUGAAUUCAGAAACUUAACAAACCAUCAACUGCCUAAAGGAAGUGUUACUGCUUAACUUUACAAUAUAUAUAAAAUUGCAUGAAUUAACAGAACACAACCUUUAUCAGCUAUAUAACAUUUUACUGAAUAAUCACAACUUCCAGACAUUUUACAGGAAGGACAGAAUGCAAGUAUAAUUACAAAAGAAAGAACAUAUGCAGAGAAAUAUUUAAAUGUCUACACUUUGCAAAUUAAAAUUACUUACCCAUAGUAACAUGAACUGACCAAGACAGAGAACGAAAAAGCCAAAAAGCACAGGGGUGAGGAUGUGUUUAAAAGGCUGCAUGGAAAAAUAUGUUUCAGCCUUGAGAUCACCCUUUGAAAGUGAAAAAUCUUCACCAUUAACUUUCAGAUUUAAUACAAUUUUGGCAAUAGCCAAAAUGCUUUCCAAAUGCUUUAGGCAUUUUUGAAACACUUCUCACGCAGGUAUUUAGCAUCUUUAAAAGAAACUUACAAAAAAAACCCCUUUAUAUUACACUAUUUAUACAUCACAUAUUUUUUUUUCUUCUUCUGUCUUCAGAAGAAGCAGCUGAUGACAACUUCAAAAGUUUUAAAUACCACCUGUCAUGGUUUAGCCCCCAAGCUGACGAAGAACCAUGGUGCCUACUCACUCACCCCACUGGAGCACGGGAAGUGUAAGGAGAGGAACCAAAAAGGAAAAGGUACAACCCAUAGGUUGGGAUAAAAAAACAGCUUAACAGAGGAGCACAGGAAGAGAAAAUACAACAACAACAACAGUAAAAGAAUACCCAGACAGGUGAUACACAAUGCAAAUUUUUUACCACCGGAGAACCAAUUGUGCAAAACCAAGCCUCACGCACUCUGCCCCCCAGCUACCUACAACUCUUAUAUCCUGAGCACAGCAUCAUGGUACUGCAUAUCCCUUUGGCUGCUUUGGGUUAGCUGCCCAAGCCGUGCCCCUUCCCAGCUUCUUCUGAAAAUUACCUUUUUCCCCUCUAAAACCAGGGAGUUAACCCUCUCCCAGCCAGAAUCACAACAAGUGUAAAUUUAGGUUACAAAAAAUCAAACAUAUCCUAGAGUGUGAAGUUCUACUUCCCUAUUUUAAGAGAUGUAGUCUCCCUACAACAGCACUGUGAACGUUUGCAAUACAAAAAUUUGACCAUGCUUCCUGUUAGUGUAACACUUCUAAAAAGUAACCAAGACCUUUUAUUUUAAUUGGUGGAUUUGA